CUUGGACGAACACGGAGCCAGGAGCUCGGCCCCGGCUGGCGGAGGCGCAGUGAGGCCUGGUCUCCGGCUGCUAGACCAUGCUGAGCGGAGCACGCGGCAGGCUCGCCUCAGCGCUGCAGGGAACUAGCGCAGGGCCGUACGCGGUCGCCUGUAGGUGUCUGCAUGCGUCGGGGUCGCGGCCUUUGGCCGACCAGAGCAACAAGACGGAGGAGCCGCCUCGCGCCUUCGAUCCGGCGCUGCUGGAGUUCCUGGUGUGCCCGCUCUCCAAGAAGCCGCUCAGAUAUGAAGCAUCAACAAAUGAAUUGAUUAAUGAAGAGCUGGGAAUAGCUUAUCCAAUCAUUGAUGGGAUUCCUAAUAUGAUACCACAGGCAGCUAGGAUGACGCAUCAAAGUAAGAAGCAGGAAGAAGUGGAGCAGCGCUAGUUCAUAAUUAAAAAAAUAAAACGCCAACAGCCAACUUUUCUUAGUACCAUAUACCUUUUAAAACACAGUGGCAGGUAAUAAGUGGAAGAGAAGAAUGUUUGUCUCUUCCUACUUUGACUGUUCUUAUUCCACUGGUUUCUUUAACAGGACUGUUCUACUCAGCCUCUGUGGAAGAAAACUUCCCACAGGGCUGCACUAGCACAGCCAGCCUUUGCUUUUACAGCCUGCUCUUGCCUAUUACCAUACCAGUGUAUGUAUUCUUCCACCUUUGGACCUGGAUGGGUAUUAAACUCUUCAGGCAUAA